GUACAGGGCGGCCAUUACACAGCGAGUUUCCCUAGGAAGGUCGGGGGGAAUAGGGAACUAGCUAGCCAAAUUGUUAUGACGGCCAAUCCCUGUAUUUAAAUUAUUUUAGUAAGCUGAAAUUGCCUGUUUAAGUGUCACUUCGUACCAGACAACCUGUCUUUGUUAUUUUUGUGAGGUAUUCUGUUGUAAGUGGAGCUGUUAUUUGGAAGCUAGCAGCGCAGCGUUUAUUUAGCAAGCUAACCAACGUUAGCUUCGAGCCAGACGCCGAAAACCCGGCUCUUGCGUCGCACCGAGGGAAAUUAAACAUCUGAAUUUCGAGCGGAGACGGUACCUAAAUAUAUCCAGCGCAGCCAACGCGUUAAGGGAAACCAAACUGAAAACAAAACUAUCUUGAAAUUUGGUCACGUUCAAAAUGGACGAUAAAACAUUUACCAAGGAAUUAGAUCAAUGGGUCGAACAACUCAACGAGUGUAAGCAGCUCUCGGAAAACCAAGUGAGGACGCUCUGCGAAAAGGCAAAAGAGAUCCUCACGAAGGAGUCAAACGUGCAGGAGGUGCGCUGCCCAGUCACAGUCUGCGGAGAUGUGCACGGCCAGUUUCAUGAUCUCAUGGAGCUCUUCAGAAUCGGGGGCAAGUCACCAGAUACCAACUACCUGUUCAUGGGAGAUUACGUGGACAGAGGCUACUACUCGGUGGAGACAGUCACGCUGCUCGUAGCAUUAAAGGUCCGUUUCCCAGAGCGUAUCACGAUACUGCGGGGGAACCACGAGAGCAGACAGAUCACACAGGUCUAUGGCUUCUAUGAUGAGUGCCUGAGGAAAUAUGGCAACGCCAACGUGUGGAAGUACUUCACAGACCUCUUUGACUACUUGCCCCUGACUGCUCUGGUUGAUGGACAGAUCUUCUGCCUGCACGGUGGGCUCUCCCCAUCAAUAGACACACUGGAUCACAUCCGGGCCCUCGAUCGCCUACAGGAAGUACCACAUGAGGGACCAAUGUGUGACCUACUGUGGUCUGAUCCUGAUGACCGCGGAGGCUGGGGGAUCUCCCCGCGAGGUGCUGGUUACACCUUCGGACAGGACAUUUCUGAAACCUUCAACCACGCCAAUGGUCUUACUCUGGUGUCACGAGCUCACCAGUUAGUCAUGGAGGGCUACAACUGGUGUCACGAUAGAAACGUGGUCACCAUUUUCAGUGCGCCAAACUACUGCUAUCGCUGUGGCAAUCAAGCUGCCAUCAUGGAACUGGAUGAUACUCUUAAAUAUUCCUUCCUUCAGUUUGACCCUGCUCCUCGACGUGGAGAGCCCCACGUCACUCGCCGUACCCCUGACUACUUCUUAUAAACACGCACUGGCCUGACGAGGGGGGAGGAAAGAGGAGAAUCCUGAAGCAAGCAACAAAGAGACAAAAAUCCCAGCAGUUGCUCGUAUGCGUGUAUAUAUGCACACACAGUGCUGUAUGUCUGUAUAUGUACAUGUGCACGGGGUCUGUUACGACGUGAAAGCACUAACAUGGACCAAAAUGUGCCAUAUAAGCAUUUGAUGCCGAAAAAAAAAAAAUUGCCCUGUGUCUCAGUACUUCAACACAGUGUCCCAUUUUAGCCUCUAGUGCAAUUGCCUGCUGUAUACUAUUGAUGGAAAAGUUCUCUGUUCUUGAAAUGUACAUUACUCUGAGCAACAAAAAAAAAGAUAAAAUAAAAGGAAAUGUGAUAUAAACUCGCUUUCUUCUCCCCCUCUCUCCCCUCAAUAUCACUGGACGUUGUGCUUUGAGUUGGCAGUGCCAGGCAUGUGACAAGACGACAAUGUUUUAUACAAAAUGCACAAGCUUACACCCACACUUGUCUCUGCACCACAACACUAUAAUCUAUUUGGGAAUGAAUACUUAACAUUGAGGGAGGAGCCUCCGUUUUGGGAGUAUGCUUUUAUGUAUAUGACAACCCCACAGUCCCCCCCCCCCUCUCUCCUUUCUCUCCUCUCCACCCUCCCCUCAAACUGUAACCUAACUGUCCCUUUUGUCUAAUCUUUACCUUACAUUUUUUUGUGUUGGCCUUUUCUGUGUAUUUGUCAUGAUGUGAUUGCCUCUUCUUUGGUGUAUGAACUAAAUAAAGUACUUUCAAUUGCAAGCUACACCAUAAUAAAAA